ACAGGUCUAUGCGUGCCCAUUUGACCUCCCUUCUUCCCUUACAACUAAUCGUUUUUCUUCCCCUCCGUCUCGCCCGAACACUGUUCGUCUUUCCGUCAAAGUGGCUUUACCGACGCAGGAGGCUCGUUCCAGGCUUCAACACGAAGCCGGAAUCUAUAACGGCUUCCCAUCGUAUAUGUGCGAAGAGUACUGCGGAUAUCAUCUGCUUACUCGGAUGAUGCAGAGUCCAGUUCCGAGCGUCAGAGUCGUUCCCAACUUCUAUGGGUACUAUGUGCCAGUCAAGAAGACAAAAUCGUUAGAAAGGGAACAAGGCGGAAAGGAGAGGAUUUUGUGGCCUUGGGAAGGGAGGAGUCCGAUAUUGCUAACGGAGGAUUGUGGAUGGCCGGUUCAUGUACAUAAGCUUGAUGUUGAUGAACGCAAGGAGCUUUACUCCCUUCUUACACGUCUCCAUGUUGAGUCCUACGUAUACAAUUCUGUACAACGUAUCCGAACAUUUGAUUCCGAAACCGAAGACGAUGAACUUGAAAACUCUUCUCUGCCUCGUCCUAUGACCCUGUCCAAAUUCCUUAUUCAACCUGGCCCCUUGGCGUUUCAUCCCAAGGACCGGACAUAUCAGAAUCCGACUUUCCGGAUAAUCGGCUUUGGAGAGACCGAGUUGAGAGACGUUGGGGCAAGACCAGAGGAUGUUAUGGAUAUGGAUUUAUAUAAAGAGACUGCAACAGCGAGGGAUAUGUUAGGGUUUGAUCAAUGCGAACCUAUCUAAGUUACCAAUACGGAGACAUUUAGGGUCAUCUCGUUCUCCUUUGAUUAGUCUGCUCUUUCACCUACCUACAAACCCGAAAUAUUCCUCUCGAGGUCGACAAGCAACUUUUCCUCUUGCCUUCACACAACGGAAGAGACGCCGUCAAUCUGCCCACCCAUUUUUCACAGAGUUUGGGCAACCCUUGGACGAUUCUUGUGCCAUGCAUGGCCUUUUCGCAUUGCUAAAACCCGAAGGGUUGCUGCGUAUCCCCGUGUCUCGCUCUCUAUCUUUACGAGCACUGUUGCUCAUCGCUAUCGUGUUGUCUACUGUACCAAUCCGCCUGCAUCGAUGUAUCGAUUUUGAAGCA